UGGAGCCCAGCUACCUCCUGGGAGCAUGUGGGACAUGCCAUGUCAGAGAGCAGUGACAGCCCGGACCCCUGAUUUCCUGCCCCUGGUUGUCAGUCAGUGGCUGGACUAGGUCCACUAAGCUCCUGCUCUCUGGGAUAACACCCUGCCAGGCCCCCACUGCCCGCCCUCAGUUGGAGGAAGGAGACUGACCAUAGGAGCCCUCCCUGAUACUGCUGGUGGCAGGCUACCCUUCCAGCAUGUGUCUCAGUCUACAGACUAGUGUCUCCAACAGCACAGCUACCCAUGCUAGGGGGCCUGGGAGAAAGGGCAUCCCCAGAACGCUGGGCCUUCACAGUCCAAACCAAGGCAUCCUAGAGAAACCAGAAUGAGACCAUCAUCCUGUGGCCAAGGAAGACACCAUGGCCUUGCUGGGGCCGCCAGAGGCCUCUGCUCCCUUGGCCCCCAGGCAGCCUGUGGGGAAUCAACAGCCACACUGCCAGCUCCAGACAACCACAGGCAUCCCAAGACCUCUUGUCAUCCUACAGCAGUUGAAGUCUGUGCCCUUGGCCUAAUGAGGGCUUCCAGUGGUAACUUACUCUGUCCCUGGCCUGGGCAGGAACUCUGCCUUCAUGGCCUUCUGCAACUUGGUAACUGUGUUCAGGUUUGACAGGCCUGGGCAUAGUUCAGGUAGGCAAAAUGAAACCCUUCCCAGGAGACUUAGAAAGGUCUUCCUAAACCCUAGGAAGACCCUGGGGGCCCUCUCUCUGGUUCUCGUACCCGAUCCUACUCUGAAGGGCCCAACAGCAACUGUUUCCAGCUGUCAUGGCCACACACAGCCUGUCCCCUGCGACAUGGCCCAUCUGUUGCUAUCUUGGCCCCAGACAACCCUGCCUGUGCUUCCUACUGAGUUUUGGGGUGGGAACUCUGGGCCUCCAUGUCCCAGGGACCAGGGAAUGCCCGAGAACGUGGCCCCCCCAGGCUGCCUGCAGCUAGCUGUCAGGUGAGUCCUUGUUCAGGCCUGGCUUCUGUCUUCCCACUCAGAUACUGGCUACAUCCUCUUCCAGACCCCUGAGAUCUCAUUCAGAGAAAAGUGAAAUCACUGGCUUGAAGCCAGCCUGAAGUGCAAUCCUUACCUCCAAGGGCCCCUUUAGGGUCCUCCAGACUGCAGUCUUUGUCCCCAGCCCUUGGGUAGCAAAGUCCCCUGGCCCUGGUCACCUGGCCACAGAUGGACCUACAGCAAAGGCAUCAAUCAGUUGAGGCUUCAUAUGUGGGGCCUUUGCUGCUUGGCUCUAAGAGGAAUGUGAGAAAGAACUGGUCCAUGGUGAUAGUUGCUUACCAGAGGGCAUGCGGGGUGGGACCAAGAGCAUCCUUGGUCACCUUGUCCCAACCAGUCAUGUGCAGAUCCUCACAUGCCACGUUCCACAGGGCCCAGCCCCAGUCACAAGCCCCAGACACCUGCCCUGAACCCCUUUCCACAGGGCAGGCAUAUGUUCUGUUCCCAUUCCCCCAUCAACUCCCGGGCUAGGGACUCACUGUCUGUCUGUCUGUCUGUCUGCCCGCACACCUGCCUGUGUACCUUCCUGGUUUCCAACUGGGCAUGCUUGGGGCGAGAUGGAGUUGGGUUCCUGGCUUGGGGCUGGAGGUGUGUCUGCUGUGGUCCCCAGCUUCCUGCCUUGCUGUGGGGCAAGGGCACUGGCCACUGUGCUGGGGGGUGGCCUGGGUGGCAGGGUGUUGUCUCCCACUAAGCCACAUCCUCUCCUCCAGGUGAUACGCAGGGGAUGGCUGACCAUCAACAACAUAAGCCUGAUGAAGGGGGGUUCCAAGGAGUACUGGUUUGUGCUAACAGCCGAGUCAUUGUCCUGGUACAAAGAUGAGGAGGAGAAAGAGAAGAAGUAUAUGCUGCCUCUGGACAACCUCAAAAUCCGCGACGUGGAGAAGGGCUUCAUGUCCAACAAGCACGUCUUCGCCAUCUUCAACACGGAGCAGAGGAAUGUCUACAAGGACCUACGGCAGAUUGAGCUGGCCUGUGACUCCCAAGAGGACGUAGACAGCUGGAAGGCAUCAUUCCUGCGAGCCGGAGUCUACCCUGAAAAAGACCAGGCAGAGAAUGAGGACGGGGUCCAAGAGAACACCUUCUCGAUGGAUCCACAGCUGGAGAGGCAGGUGGAGACCAUCCGCAACCUGGUGGACUCGUACGUGGCGAUCAUCAACAAGUCCAUCCGAGACCUCAUGCCAAAGACCAUCAUGCACCUCAUGAUCAACAACGUGAGUGUCACGUUCACAGGUGGACUGAGUCUCACCUCGGAAACCCCAGGGCCAUCGCCCCAGGCCACGCUAGACUCCUGCUCCUAUUUAGUCAGGUCACUGGAACCAACACUGCAUGAAUUGGCGUCAUCUAAAUCAAUUUAUUCUGCUCUCAGAAUAAUAACCCUAGGAGAGGCUGGGUGUGACCAUCCAGACCUGUCAUCCCACCUUGGGAGGCUGAGGCAGGAGGACCAUGAGUUUGAGGCUAGCCUGGGCUACAUUGCAAUUUCCAAGCCAGUGGGUCUCACAACAUAGUGAGACCCUGUCUCAAAAAAAACGGUGGGCCAGGAUUGUCACCAGAGUCUAGAAAGUUCUCUAGCCAAAGCCACAGUCAGGGAUGUACAUGGAAUUGAAACCCUGCUGCUUUGUUCUCUUUUCUCCUCUCCUCCUUGAGGUGGGACAAAUAUGGAUGCCCUAAGCCUCUGUAUUUGCUUCUAGUUCGAGGCCCCGGAUAUGGGCCUGGUUGGUGUACACCUGUAAUCGUAGCUACUUGGGAGGAUCAGGAGGAUCGAGGUUCGA